UGUUCUCCGUGCAAGACUAUAUGGUCUACUGCUGAUAGAAGAAAGAAAGAAAGAAAAUGAAGAGCCAAACGCAGUUUCCAAAGUUGGUCACUCUGUUCAGAUUCGGCGUUCCCAUUUCUUCUUCUCCUUCUUCAAUAUCUCGCAUCAAUCACAUUGCUCUGACUACUACAAUCAAUUACCGGAAAUUGAAAUUCGAUUCGCUGAGAACUCUACUGAAAGCUAACAACUUCUCACUCUCCCUCUCUCCACGCGCUUUAGUUGCUCUUUUCCCUCCUAAUGUUGUUGUUAAUUAUCUAUGCAAUUUCCGCGUUUAUGGCAGUUACAUUUGCAGUGGAACCCUUUUAGGUGUUUCGAUGAUAUCUAUACCAGUUAUAGCUCAUGCCAUGGAUGCUGGGGAUGCAUUGGUGAAUGAUCAUGAAUUACAGGACCUUGCAGAGGAGGAAGAAAAUGGGCAAUAUUUGUGGAGAUUAGCUAGAAAAUUUUGGCUUCCUAUUUUUUUCUUUAUCACGGUGUUGACAAACUUGGAUGACUCAAUCACAAUAUUUUGCAUUAAAGUUACUUUAUUCCUCCUCAGCACAAAACCCAACCCUUUCUCUGUCUAUGUAUUGGUUGAACAGCUGUGUCAAAAGUGUAUGAGCCAAGAAGGUCGAUUUCUUAAAUUAAAGUCACUGUAUGCCAGCAAAGUUGAAGUGCAGGACUAUAAACUUCUUUGCUUGGCUGCUGUUGAAGUAAGAGAUCAAAAGUUCACUUUAGUUGGAGUUCUGGGUAGCUGGUGGACUUUGCCACAUUUACAAUUUUGGGAAGCAUUCUCUCUUGUCAGAAACAAAAUUGGAAGUAUCUUGAUGAGAACAACUUAACCAGGGAGUUGUUUUUCCCUUCUGGAGCUUCAACAAAACCAUUGAAGAAGAAAAUGGGAGACAGGAAGAAUAGAUGAAUGAUGAAAUAGACUGUUACUUGCAGUUAAGGUAGCCUGUCAAAUACGAACUGUCUAUGCUAAAAAGUCAUGUUGCUUAAUGAGUUUCACAUGCAAAUUUUCUUUCCUUGUUCUUGGUUCUUUUUUUUGGUGUACAAUGACGAGAUUGAAGAUAGAAUCUAAUGUUUCAUACAUUGUACUCAAAUCUUGCACAACUAGUGAGUUUCAAAAGUCAUGUUUGUAAGAUAUGGACAUGUCAAGUUUUGUCAGACUCAACCCCUAUGCUUCCUCGGUCACUCUUUAAUAUUUGAAGUAAUUUGAAGUUUUAGUUGUUUGAAAUUUUGUCAUUUUA